AUGCAGAAAUCCUGCCAGAAACCUGUGGACAAAUACAUUGAGUAUGACCCUGUUAUCAUCUUGAUUAAUGCCGUUUUAUGUAAAGCACAAGCAUACAGGCACAUUCUUUUCAAUACAAAGAUAAAUAUUCAUGGGAAGCUCUGCAUAUUUUGUUUGCUCUGUGAAGCUUAUCUCAGAUGGUUGCAACUACAGGAUUCCAGCCAAAAUACAGAUCCUGAUGACUUAAUCAGAUAUGCCAAGGAAUGGGAUUUUUAUAGAAUGUUUGGUAUAGCUUCUUUAGAACAAACUUCAUUUUUGGUGGGCAUUUUUAUUACCUUCUGGUGGAUGAGACCUGAGAUGCUGAAGACAAAGUCUGACUUCAUUUUACUUCUCAAAGCACUGCUGCUCUCCAGCUAUGGAAAGCUUUUGCUAAUUCCAGCUGUUAUUUGGGAACAUGACUACACGCCUUUAUGCCUUGCUUUUAUAAAAGUGUUUGUCUUGAUCUCAAACUCUCAGGCAAUUAGAGUUACAUUGAACUUGAACCGAAUGCUCCCUUGGUUGGCCAUCUUCUUUGGAUUAAUUUUGGAAAAUGGUGUGGUCUGCUUGUUCCAGAAAAUGGGAUGGGAUGUUUGAAACGUCAGCCUGGAUCUGAAGAAAUACUAACAUCAUGAUGAUAAUUUUCUAGGAAUGAUCUCUGCCAGCAGGCUGCAAAGACACUAUUUUCAUAGUGAUAGAGAAGGUGAUAGAUAA